AGGGUCUCAACAAAAAUUGCUUUUCAAAAAGUUUUAUCUUUCUCACAAUAAUUCUGUCUAUUACUUGUUGAGAGCAUCUCUUCCGCAAAAGGUAACACAGCACAACACAACAAUGCAAUACUAAGUGCUACUGAGUACUGAGUCACUCACUGACUAAUGGCAGAGCAGACCGGUCGAGCCGGACCCAACCGGGCCGUUGGCAACGAAGAGAACCGUCUAAAAUACGCCGUUGACGCUGGACUCUUAUCCGGCGCACACCCCCACGACGAAGAUUCCAAUGAACCCCCGGGUUCUGACUCGGAGAGCACCGAAUCGGCCACUGAGUCGACUCGGUUCACCGGUCUGGCAGCUAGCUUUCGAGUCUUCUCCGAGUCGCUGCUGAGGAUGGAGCGAGCCCAGUUGGAGAUGGCCAAGGAGCGGGAGGCCUCGCGAUUGGAAGCGGAGAAGCGGCGGGCUGAGUCGGAGGCCGAGUUGACUCGGAUGCUGCUCCAGACUCAGCUGCAGAUCGCCUCGUUUGCCUCGUCGAGGCAGGGCCCGAGUCGGAAGAGGAAGCGAGUAGAAGAAGGUGACUCGGCUUUAAUUUCCGAAAGGGAAGGAGCUUUGCUGUUCAGUUUAAUCCAGUGCAAUUUGCUCUUUUGAAGUUCACUUAUUAUUGCUCUAAUUUUAUCGCCCGGAAAUGUUAUGUAAUGUUUUUUUUUUUAAUAAAAAAUAAAUAAAUUAUGUUUUUAUUUAUUUAAAAUAAGUAAAUAAAUUAUGUUAUUAGAGUUACUCCAUGUUAAAGAAUAAUUAUGAGAUAAUUGAGAAAUAUUACAUACAAUUUACCCACCA